GUCAGUAAUGCUGUCUAUCUUGUACUACGGUCGCCGAUCGUUCUGUUGUAGACCAUUACGAGCUGGCAAAAAUUACAUUAUAUUAAAUUUUCUCUCUCUUGAUCGUUAUUAUACUAAUUUGCAUCGUAUGCAAAUUUUAAUAUUCUUUUUAUACUAUAUGCUAAGCCGUACCUGAACUGCAUUCUAAUAACGAAUUAUAAACGCACUAGCGCGCCGUAUUCACUAACGCCAUCAACCAAGCGUAGCCAUCUCAGCUAACAUAAUAAAACCUUAUUACGUCGCUGCGACGAUUAUUCUUGUCAGUGAACUAAGCGAGUGAGCCUGAUUCACAAAAUACGAGACCAUAUUUAUUCUACAAUUUACCACUUUACGAACCUACAUAGUUUAUAAAAACGGGAUUCGGGAUUUGUGACACUCUCAGUUCGAACACAGCGCGGUCCGCACGCGGUCAUAUAAUAAUAAUAACGCAAAGUAACACGGUGUAAAUAAACUUGAUAAUAAUUCGGCUAAUAAUAGCGGCGCGGGAGUUUCGUAGCAGAGACGUAGCAGUCGCCUACGAGCCGUUGCGUACGAUCGUGUCUCACCGAAUUGGCUGACGAAUUCUUUUAUUUUUCAUCAGUGGUUCGACUUCGUGAAUUAUAAUGGCCACCAAAACCGUGCAGGAUGUAGAGCCCGGCAAUGCUAACGCCGCAACCGAGGGCGAAGCGCCCGCCGCCAAGGCCUCGAACCUGCCUCUUCUUGGGACUACGUCCAUCAUCGGUCUCUCCGACGUGACGGAGAACAAACUGAUCUGGCGGCAAGUGGUGGCGGAGCUGGUAGGGACGUUCCUGCUAACAUCUAUCGGUGUGGCAUCCUGCAUUGCCAUCACAGAAUCCAAAGCACCACAGGUGACAAGCAUCGCGCUCUGCUUCGGACUGUUGGUCGGCUCUAUAGUGCAGGCGAUCGCGCACGUAUCCGGAGGACACAUAAACCCCGCUGUGACAUGCGGACUCUUCGUGUCUGGAGACAUCAAGCUACUGAAGGCGAUUUUCUACAUUGUGGCACAGUCGUUGGGCGCUGCGGCUGGUGCUGCUUUCAUCAGGUUGGCGGUACCUGAAAAAAGAGUGUUAUCCUUUGGUAUGACGCUGCCUGGGCAAGGCGUCACUGAAGGCCAGGCGCUGCUGGUGGAAGCUCUGAUCACGUUCGUGUUGGUGCUGGUAGUGGAGGCCGUGUGCGACGGACGCCGCACCGAUCUCAAGGGCUCGGCGCCGCUCGCCAUCGGGCUCAGCAUCACCGCCUGCCACGCCGCUUGUGUUCCUUUCUCCGGCUCGAGCAUGAACCCGGCGCGUUCCUUUGGACCGGCGCUUGUUAUGGGCGAUUGGACAUCACACUGGGUAUACUGGGUGGGCCCGAUCAUUGGCGGGGUCGGCGCUGGUUUCGUGUACAGGUUCAUAUUACGCAUCGGCAAGAGCGGCGAGAGCGGCUCAUAUGACUUCUAAGUAACUCCAAUUAACCCAUUCCCUAGUGCCUUACCUUAGCUCCAUAACUGAACCUCUCGCAUUACUAAAAGUACUAAACAAACGCGCAUUUUCUAUAUUACUCUAAACACCUAGUGUUGUUCAAGGAUUACUCCUGAGGCUAGCUAAAAAUAAAUAUCACAAAUAUGAAACUACUCGACCAACAUUACUGUAAACAAAAAGCUUGCCAAGAGACUAUAAAUUAUUAUAAAUGAGUAUUACUUUGUCCUUAACGAUUUGUUUAUUAACCCCGAGAAGUUUAAAUACUCCGUGUGUACCGCUCAACUAAUACAGGAGUAAUUACUUACGACAAAAUUAUAAGUAAGUACGCAAAAAAGAAAUGAGAAUGACUUGUGUUUUAAAUUGAUUUUUAUUAAUAUUAAAAACAGUAAUAAGUACAAGUCUCUAUCACAUAAUAUCAGACACAAUCAAAUAUAAUGCGAGAGGUCUACAUUACAAUGUUGUACAUGCUCGUCGAUAGAAUCCUAUCAAAUCUAAUUUGACAUUUGAAUGUUUCUCUCAUCACAGAUUACAAAUUAUUUAUCAAUGAGCAUAUACCGGGAAUGUUUGUUAUGAUCUGUUUUGGAAUGCUCCAAAACUGAUAUCUAAAUUAUAAAAACGAAUCGACUCUUGUUGAAUCUUUAUUUGAAAUAUUGUUUUAUACAUAAGGUCACAUGUAACAUAAUGUUUAGAUAAUAAGAUAGGCUUUAUAUUGUUAAGACUAUUUAUAAAAUGUAUAUUAUUAAGUUAUAAAAUGUUUAUAAUAUAAAAUGUAUGUAAGUAACUCGUACUAGUAGUGUUGUGUCGUUGUGAAUUUAACAGCGUUUAUAUUUACUACACAUUUAUAAUGACGAACACAAUUCAUGCGAAAUAUCUAUUUCAAAAUAAACAAUUC